CUCCCUGCAAAUCUGGAGUUCUGAAACUCUCAAACUCUCACUGCCUUUAUUUGAUGUGAAGUGCAGCUGUACAUUUCAGAAAUGAGUCAGUGUUUGCAUUUGAAAUUCCAGAGAUCCCCGCAGAUUUGUGUUUGAUGUUGGUGAUCUGAAGCAGACUGUGAUUCCUUUGUAGCCCGCCUGGCGCUCAGACUCGGCUUUGCUCCCCUCGCCUUCCAUUGCUCUGGUAACAUGGGCUGUGUGGCUGUCCUGGUGCUCCUCACCUGCCUUGUCCUGCCUUCACCUUCACCAGCUGCUGAACCAGGGAAGAGAAGGAACGCUCGUCAGCGAGAGGAGGACUUCUUGGAAAAGUACAAUGGCGCAUGUAUGCGGAGUUUACCAGGUGUUCCUGGCAGGGAGGGGAAUCCUGGAACGAAUGGGAUCCCAGGGACACCAGGUAUUCCAGGACGGGAUGGGAUCAAGGGAGAGAAAGGCGAGUGUUUACGGGAGAUAUUGGAGGAGCCCUGGAAAAUCAACUACAAACAAUGUGCUUGGAAUUCACUCAAUUAUGGCAUUGAUCUUGGCAAAAUCGCGGAAUGUACAUUCACCAAGACGCGUACAGACAGUGCUCUCCGAGUACUUUUCACGGGUUCACUUCGCCUAAAAUGUAAAAGUGCUUGCUGCCAGCGCUGGUACUUCACAUUUAAUGGAGCAGAGUGCCAUGGUCCACUGCCCAUUGAAGCAAUCAUCUACCUUGAUCAAGGAAGCCCAGAAUUCAACUCCACCAUUAAUAUCCAUCGCACAUCUUCAGUGGAAGGUCUCUGUGAAGGAAUCACUGCUGGACUGGUGGACGUUUCUGUCUGGGUUGGUACGUGUUCAGAUGGGUACCCACAAGGAGAUGCUUCAACUGGCUGGAACUCGGUGUCGCGACUUAUCAUCGAGGAGCUGCCAAAAUAGCUUUGAUGUUGCACGGAAAACUGUUCCAAGGCUCUUUCAUUAAUAUUAUAACGCAAAACUAACACACUUAAGUUUAAGGCUUUUUGUCUAACAAUGCUUAACAAAAUAUGAUGUCUAUUUACAAGAUUUUUCAAACUUGUACUUUUGCAAAAUUGAAAACAGCAUGUUGAGGAGUAAUAUGCAUGGAUAGCUUGCAAAUAGCCUUUUCUUAGAAUAGUUAUCCUAUGUGUGUUGUAAGACCGGUUUCUACAACUAUUCCAGUUUUGAGAUAUUUGUUCAAUAGAAAUUUGAUUUAAAAAAAAGUAAAAAAACAUGUGCUAUAGGUUGUGCUGAUAUUUGUGUUCAUAGAUUUCUUCCUUCCACUUAUAUUCAGCAUGGGGAAGGUCCACCCGCCAACAGAACUACAACUUAUUCCUCUUAACAGUGAAUAUAUACAUGCAACUUGUUGUUGCUGUUGUAUUGGUGAUAGUCCAUACACAGGUAAAAGUCAGGGAAAAUCUCGAGCAUAUCAGAAAUGUUGAAUCUCCAUCUGGCACUACUGUAAUUAAAUGCUCCAAAUGCUACCCCACAUGCAAUCAAUAGUGCCUGAGGUAACAAAGUCAAAUCCUUCACUUUUGUGAUCAGAAACUUAAGUCAGACAUCCUUAAAACUUUAUUCAGAUCUGCAACCAGGAAAAAGUCUCAGGAAUACAAUAUUUAGCUUCAGUUGCAUCACAAUGUCCCAUAGGCUUGAG